ACCUCUAUUGAAGUAUCCUUGUCUUUGAAAGUGAAAGACCAAACAUAUGCAUCUCUUCUCUACUCCUUUUCAGUAUCUUCCUCACCUCCCAAAGUCGAAGAGAAGCAGUAUCUUCCUGAGAUGGAUUGGUGGGUUCUUGGUCUUUUGUUGGGUUUGGUGGCUUUGGGUACUGUUGAUGGAUACCCAAAUGAGGAUCUUGUUUUGAGGUUGCCAGGGCAGCCAAAGGUGGAUUUCCGGCAAUUUGCUGGGUAUGUGGAUGUGAACAAAAAAUCGGGGAGGAGCCUCUUUUACUACUUUGCAGAAGCAGAUGGGGAUGCGGAGAACAAGCCCCUCACUCUCUGGUUGAACGGAGGCCCAGGUUGUUCUUCAAUUGGCGGGGGUGCGUUUACAGAACUGGGCCCAUUUUUUCCUAGAGGUGACGGUCGCAGCCUUCGAAGAAAUCCAAGAUCAUGGAAUAAAGUAUCAAAUCUCCUUUUUGUGGAAUCUCCUGCUGGAGUAGGCUGGUCUUACUCAAAUACAUCCUCAGAUUAUACGUGUGGAGAUUCAUCUACUGCAAAUGACAUGCUUGAAUUCUUGAUGGGAUGGUAUGAGAAGUUUCACGAGUUCAAAUCCCGAGACUUGUUUCUAACUGGAGAAAGCUAUGCAGGGCACUACAUACCACAACUGGCAAUUGUUCUGCUGAACCACAAUAAGCAUUCAAUGGGUUUCAAGUUCAAGAUCAAAGGAGUAGCUAUCGGAAAUCCACUUCUCAAUCCCAAGAUAGAUUUCCAGGAAAGAUACAGGUUCUUUUGGUCGAAUGGGAUGAUAUCUGAUGAACUCAGUCUCUCCAUCAUGAGUCAUUGCGAUUUUGAUCAUCUUGUCUUCAGUGAUCCUUACAACGUGACGAUUGAGUGCUAUGAAGCGAUUGCUGAUGUGGAUCAGAUGGUUAGCCAUUAUGUAAACCGAUACAAUGUAAUCCUUGAUAUCUGUUACCCAUCGAUCGUGGAGCAAGAGUUUCGGUUGCGGAAAUUCGCUACUAAGAUGAGCAUUGGGGUGGAUGUGUGCAUGACUCGAGAAAGAGAUUUCUAUUUCAACCUUCCGGAAGUUCAGCACGCUCUUCAUGCAAACCGGACUAAUUUACUGUAUAAAUGGGUGCACUGCACUGAUUUAUUGAAUUAUAAUCAAACAGAUGGUGACGCCAUCAUGGUUCCCUUCCUCAAGAGGAUAAUUCAACAUGGGAUACCUGUUUGGAUAUACAGCGGGGACCAAGAUUCUGUCAUACCCGUCACUGGCUCUCGAAGAAUCAUCCGCGAACUAGCUCAUGAUCUGAACUUCAAAAUAACAGUACCAUAUGGUGUUUGGUUCCACAAAGGGCAGGUGGGCGGAUGGGCAACUGAGUAUGGGAAUUUGCUGACCUUCGCAACUGUCAGAGGUGCGGGUCAUAUGGUACCAUAUGCACAGCCAGGAAGAGCAUUGCUUCUGUUCAAGUCGUUUAUAUCCGGUAAGAGAUUGCCAAACACAACCCAUCCUUCCAUAUAUUGAAAGAUGGAAAGGCCUUGGUUCAUCUUCAGAGUUACACGACAGUGGCGGUUUAGCAUUUUGUAUUUCAGAUGCGAAGUAGUAACAUAUUUCUUGUUUGGCCAAUCAUCGUUGCACCCGUCUGGUGGCGGAAUGGUUGGAGUAUUGUCAAAAUUUAAAUAAAUAAAAAACAUUUUUCUUCUUCCCUGGAGAAAUUUCAAAAUGUUGUUACAUUCCAAUCCACUUAAAUGUUGUCUUGAUUUCA